GAUCCAGACUGUUGCAAUGCUUCGGGAGAGCGCAGAUACAUAUUGAAUACAUUAUAGCAGAGUGCUGGAAGGUUUCGCUAUAAUGUAGACUGAUGUGUGUUCGUCUUAACGCCCUAACAAGUACGAGUACUGUAUCGGUAUCUCGAAAUGCACGCUGCGACAAGCAGUUUCUUCAUUUGUUUCCUCUCCAUACUCGUUCGUAUGUACCAAUGUAGGUUCAAACGGGGGCUGUAGACAACCGCGGAGCACCUUUACGUGGAGUAAUCUGAAAGUUAAUUGGAUCGUGGGCCUUUGCGACGACACUUGUGUGUUCUGCAGACUCGCUUCCCACAUUCUUUCACAGUGCGCGAGGAAGUGAGAGGACAGAUUUGGCGAUAAAUUGCCGACAAUGAACGUGGAAUUACCUCCAGUUGCAACAUGGCUGCUGCUUAGGUGUUUAUUGGAAAAGUUCAGCCCUGAACAUUAAGAAAGUUUUUUUAAUUAUCCACUUGGCAAAAAAAGAACUUUCCUGGCAUAAUUCAACUCUGGAUUGGACUGGACUGGAGAGGACUACACAGGGAGUCAGAGCGAGUGUAGCUCGCCGUCAUUCAGUUUGGUCCCUGCGAGACAGCAAACCAACACCGAGUGCUUUCCGUGAACGUUCUCGCUUUUAACAGCAUUUUCAACUUCGUCAAAGACGUGUAAUCUUACAGUAGAAAAUGCAUUUCUCCAUCCCCGAGACGGAGGUUCGCUCCGAUGAAAACGGAUCUUCAUAUGUGGCUUACAAUAUCCAUGUGAACGGUGUCUUGCAUUGUCGAGUACGUUACAGCCAGCUCCUGGGCCUCCAUGAACAGAUAAAAAAAGAAUAUGGAAAUAAUGUGGUGCCGGCUUUUCCGCCAAAGAAGAUCUUCACUCUCACACCGCCUGAAGUCGAUCAGAGGAGAGAACAGCUAGAGAAGUACAUGCAGGCUGUGCGUCAGGACCCCAUUCUGGGAUCCAGUGAGGUGUUCAACAGCUUUUUGAGAAAAGCUCAACAGGAGACCCAGCAGAUCCCCACUGAGGAGGUGCAGCUGGAAAUCUACCUGUCCAAUGGCCAGAAGGUCAAAGUCAACAUCCUCACAUCUGACCAGACCGAAGAUGUUCUGGAGGCUGUGGCCUCAAAGCUUGACCUUCCCGAUGAGCUGGUGGGAUAUUUCAGCCUCUUCCUGGUUCAGGAGCGGGGGGAUGGGGGCUGCACGUACGUGAGAAAACUGCAAGAAUUUGAGCUGCCCUACGUGUCCAUCACCAGCCUGCAUAGUCCCGACUACCAUAUCGUCCUCCGUAAAAGCUACUGGGACACCGCGUACGACAAUGAUGUCAUGGACGACCGCGUGGGACUCAACUUGUUAUAUGCUCAGGCGGUGUCUGACAUAGAGCGAGGAUGGAUCCUUGUGAACAAAGAGCAGCACAGACAGCUGAAAUCCCUGCAGGAAAAGGGCUCAAAGAAGGAGUUCAUCAGAUUGGCUCAGACACUCAAGUACUACGGCUACAUCAAGUUUGAUCCCUGCAUCACAGAUUUUCCAGAGAAGGGCUGUCAUGUUAUAGUCGGUGCCGGCAAUAAUGAACUCAACUUUCAUGUCAAACUGCCCAGCGAACAGAUGAAAGAGGGCAGCUUCAAAGUCACACGUAUGAGAUGCUGGCGGGUCACUUCAUCUCAGGUGCCGGUGGCGAACGGUACCGCGAACCCAAGCAGUUCCAGUAAAUGUGACGUGAAACUAGAGCUGGCCUUCGAGUACUUGAUGAGCAAAGACCGUCUGCAGUGGGUCACCAUCACCAGUCCACAGGCCAUCAUGAUGAGCAUCUGUCUGCAGUCUAUGGUGGAUGAGCUGAUGGUGAAGAAAUCUGGUGGAAGCAUUAAAAAGCAGAUGCAGAAGAAGCGACUGAACGGCUCGUUCCAGCGAUCUGACAGUCAGCAAGCUGUGAAGUCUCCUCCAUUACUGGAUUCCCCUGAUCCCAGCCGUGAACAAGUAGUCAAACUCUCUACCAAGCUGUCUUCUGUCUCCCUGAGAGGACUUAGUUCUUCCAACUCAGCCAGUGACAUCAGUGGCAAUGAUUUCCAUGGAAACUACGCUUUUGAAGGAAUAGGGGACGAUGACCUGUGAUGGAGUCGUCCUCAUAGACUGGACUGAAGGAGUCGGAUUCAUUUAGCGAGUGUAGUUUAAUAGAUGCCCGGUUCUGCAAUAUUGUAACCCCUUUCUGAAAGAAUUACAUUAAGGGUCCCUGAAAUGACCUAUGAAGUCUCUCAUUAGUUUUAUGGGAGGCCUCAGAUUCAGUCCUCGCUCAGUUAAAGUAACAAAAAUCGGAUAAUUUCAGAUUUGAGGCAUAAUUGGAGAUUUCAAAGGUUAAAUUAAUACAGGGUUACAUAAGCACCUCAGGGCAAGUUACUGCAUGUUAAUUUAGGCUGUGAUGAAAGUUUCUUCUGCAGACGGGCUUCAUUGAAUCGUACUUCCUUACUAGAGACACAAAACUGUGCUUUUCCUCUCAUGUCAUUUUGUAGGCACAAAUUCCUGUCAACAUAAAAUCUAUUAUUUAAUAGAGAAGAGUUCUGCUUCGUAUCGUGCAGUGUGCCAAUGUUGCUCAACCUCUUGUGUAGUAGCGACAAAAUGACCUAUAACUUGGUAGAUCUCUGCAGAUUCCUGGGUUUUCAGGAAAGGUAAUCUCGCAGCUAACUCCACCUGAUGCCUACUGCAUAUUCAUUGCAUAUCCUCGAUGAAAAUCACCCUCUUUAUUGUGGCCUGUUUGUUCUCUGCCUUGCGCUGAUUCAACCGCCUUACAGUUCAAUUUCUCUAAAUGUAGCGCCGGACACAAGUUCUCUCAUUCUGGCCUCCGCUGUGUCCUGAAUCUCGCUUUGUUUUCGGUGUGUUCGGCAGGCCCGCUUGCACUAGCUGAACCCGUGAUUUUUUGCACAGUAUUAAGAAAGGUCGAUGGCUUGGGUAUUUAUUGAGAUAUUAACUGUGGGAAAACAUCCUGGAACAUUUGCAAGAGGUUUGUAGGUCUGUCAGUUGAUUUUUGUUUUGUUUUUUGUGCGUUUUGUCUGUGUUCUGUUAUUCAAACCAAUAUAUUAAAAAGGUUUCUCAUAAAUGCCAAAAUUAUAGUUCACUAAAGCAUUUUGCACAAAAAAGUAAAACCAUAGUAAUGUCACUUUUAUAAAUGUACAUGCAAAUAAAAAAGUAUUCUGAAUAUUUACUAAUACCUGUAUUAUCUUUAGUAUAUUAUAAACAAGUACAGUUGAUCAAAUAUAAUCCAGGCUGUAUAAAAAAAUUAAAAACUUAACAUUUAUCAGUGUUUACAAAAUUGUAGAAUAUUGUUGAAAAAGAAGUGUUUACAAAUUUCACAUUUAAAUUUCAGUGAUUGUCUUUGUACACUUUGUUUUGAAGAAUAUCAUUCCAAACUUUCAUUUUUCCUUUAUAUAUACAUACAUAUUUGUGUGUGUGUGUGUUACCGGUCAAAAGUUUGGACACAUUAUUAUUUUUAAUGUUUUUGAAAGAAGUCUCUUAUGCUUAAUAAGGCUGCAUUUAUUUGAUCAAAAAUAUAGAAAAAAAUAUAAUAUUGUAAAUUAAAUAAUAUUAUUAAAUUGUAAUAAUAUUGUGAAAUAUUAUUACAAUUUAAAAUAACAGUUUUCUGUUUUAAUAUACUUUAAAGUAUAAUUUAUUCCUGUGAUCAAAGCUGAAUUUUCAGCAUUAUUACUUCAGUCUUCACUGUCACAUGAUCCUUCAGAAAUCAUUCUAAUAUGAUGUUGGAAACAGUUGUACUGCUUAAUAUUUUUUGGGAAUCUGUGAUACUUUUUCAGGAUUCAUUGAUGAAUAAAAAGUUAAAAAGAACAGUAUUUAUUCAAAAUAGAAAUCUUUUCUAACAAUAUAAAUCUUUACUAUCAUUUUUUUUUAUCAAUUUAGCACAUCUUUGCUGAAUAAAAGUAUUCAUUUCUUUCAGAAAAAAAGGAAAAAAAUAUGCUGUCCCCAGUAAUUUUUUCAGUAACUUUGGAACGGACAGUGUAUGUUGUUAGAAAAGAUUUCUAUUUUGAAUAAAUUCAGUUCUUUUUAACUUUUUUAUUCAUCAGUGAAUCCUAAAAAAAAUAGCACAGGUUAUAAAAAAAAAUAUUAAGCCGCACAACUCUUUCCAACAUUGAUAAUAAAUCAUCAUAUUAGAAUGAUUUCUGAAGGAUCAUGUGACACUGAAGACUGGAGUAAUGAUGCUGGAAAUUCAGCUUUGUAAAGUAUAUUAAAAUACAAAACCAUUAUUUUAAAUUGUAAUAUUUCACAAUAUUACUGUUUUUUUCUGUAUUUUUGAUCAAAUAAAUGCAGACUUAAUGAGCAUAAGAAUUUUCUUUUAAAAACAUUAAUAAUAGUAGGCUAAUGUGUCCAAACUUCUGACCAGUUCAUUGUGGCAAUCAUCUCAGAGGAUUGUGAUCACAUGGUGCUUGGGAAAUGGCUGUAUCUCACAUUUGUGCUGGGGUUUUGACUGCAUUGAUACUGAAUACUGAAUGAAAUGCCCAUAUCCUUCAUCCCAGAUGAUUCUUCCCAUGUGCGGAAUGUUGUUUUCAUGUUCUCAUACUUUGUGCUGUAUGGCUGAAUAUAUUUUAACUGAUGACUGUAAUUUGUGAUUGCCAUGUUCAGUAUGUUCACCAGCAUCAUCAUCAUCUAGGAUGAAAAGGGUAAACCAACUGUACUCUUAAAUCGUAUACAUCUCUCAUAAAGCUUAUGAGCAUGAUUUAUUUUUUAAAUGGUCACUUCAUUUUAAAUCCAAGAAUGGAAGUUAGAGCCUUCUGGGUUUCAAUAAAUUUAGGUGCCAAACAACGCUA